AUGUUGGCAGCACGGCAUGGCACCCGAAGGAUCCUUCCCAAGAUUCUAACCACUCGUUUUCUCUCUACCGCAAGUGCUACCACCGUCGAAAAGGUGUCCAGACAAGCGCAAGUUGAUGGCGCCUGGUCUGUCCUGGCCGCCCUGGAAAAAGCAAAGGAAGCACAGGCGGUCCAAGUUGCACAAUUGGUAUCUUCUUUGGAAGCUCUUCUGCCGAGAGGUGAUUACGACGAUGAUACUAUGUCUGGUGGCGUCAGUAACAACAAACACCAACUAUUCACAGCCAACAGUGAUCUUGCCAUCUUUUCUCUUCCUCACGUGAUGGAGGCCGUGUUGGAUCCAUCGAGAGAUCCGGUUGUUUCUGGCGAAGACGUCCGAUCCAUGCUAAAAGCUACACGCCAAGGCCGAAGAGUUGGACUGGAAACCGUACUGUCAAUUGUCAAACAAGCCACAAAACACUUUCAGGAGAAACCUCGAGUAGUAUCUCUCCCGCCUCUGCAGGACAAUCAACAUCUCACUGUGAUUGGCGAUUUGCACGGUUCCUUGACCGAUCUCGAGGCCGUACUCGGCUUGACGGAUGAACCAAACCCUCACAACAUUCUGGUAUUCAACGGAGACCUGGCCGAUCGUGGGGACCACGGAGUGGAAAUUAUCGCAAUUGUGUGCGCCCUCAGUCUCGCCUAUCCCGACUGGGUGCUGGUCAAUCGAGGCAAUCACGAAGAUUUGGCACUCUCCAUUGCCUACGGUCUAGCAGCCGAAAUUCAGCAAAAGUACGGAGCAUCCGUCUUUCACAACGAUUUGGCUCCCACGCUCGAUGCCUUUUUUCGGUCCCUGCCGUUGGCGACCGUAGUAGACAAUGAUGCGGUCAUUGUCCAUGCCGGGCCACCUCCACCCGAUGUCAUGUUGUCGGAAAUCAAAUACAUUAUCGAUCAAGGUGCUGCUGCUGGUGAAGGCGGUCUUUCGAGAACCAUACGAACCAAAACAGAAGCACAAGAGAUUACUUUGCAGCAAGAAAAGGCGCAGGAAGUCAUUGAAGCACUCCUUUGGUCGGACCCCAUGAUUGACCAGGACGAAGAUGCUCUCGCAGAUUAUCAUGAUGCCGCCGACGAGGAAGGAGAAAACAUGGGUUGGGCUCCGAACCCCUCGCGAGGAGCCGGCCACAAAUUCGAUUCCAGCAUGGUUCGUACCCUGCUGGAAACAGAAGGCUUGUAUCGGUUCAUACGAUCGCAUGAGCCCGUGCAGAAAGGCUGUGUCCGAUACCUCGUCACAGACAGCAGCGAUGCCGGCACGAAGGCGAUGGAGUUUUUCACAGUCUUUUCGGCAUCACGAUACCCUCAUAAGGAAGGCUUCAAUCAAGGCGCUGUGCUCAAAUUGAAGCCCAAUGGAGUGCACGAAGUGAUACGAUACGCUACGGAAGACGAUGAACCUCUAGAACACUACAACUUUACUUCCUUUGACGAAGAAAACUCCACGAGCCGCAUGUGUUCGGUGGACUCGGAAGACAUCCUGCGGUCUCUACAGCAAGCUGCAGUCGUUCAUAGGCCAGAACUAUUCGAGUCUUUUGAGCUAUUGGCAGAGCAGCAACAAUCCGGCAACAAACUCCCCUUUCUUAAGGUGGUAGACAUUUUGAUUCGAACGCUCCGUCUGGACGAGUCUGGUUUGAAAAAGCCUGGCAGUUUGCUGGCCAUUGCCAAGGCAUUGUCAGUCGAAUGUCACGGGCAGGACAGGCCGCCACAAACACUGCGACUGGACGAAUGCGUCAACCCGUUCAUGGUAGAAAACGACGAUGCCAAAGCGGCGGCACCCUACUAUCCAUGGCUUCGUGCUGUGUUUGAAUUGGUCGACUCGAACCACGACGGAUAUCUGAGCCGCUCCGAGUGGAUGGAUGCUGUGAAGCUAAUCAACUCCAAGCUGCCACAGGGCUCGAAACCGAUCAACGCCAAGGCAACAUGGGAUCUCCUCGAUUGGAACGGGGAUGGAUAUGUCAGUACAAGAGAGUGGGAUCAGCUGGGAAAGGCCUUGUGUCGUUAG